AUGGCAGAGUACUCGCCCGACACGUUCAAGGCCCUCUUGAAAAAGCUCGUCCAGAGCCCCAUCGACUUUACCCCGGAGGACUGUGGUGCCGCCUUUGAGCACCUCGCCGUCGACGCCGCCGCUCCCGCCCAGGCCGGCGCCUUCCUCACGGCCCUCACUCUCUCGGGUCUCGACUCGCAGCCCGCCCUCGUGGCCGCUUGCGCCGAUGUGCUCCGCAAGCACGCCGUCCCCGUGACCGACCUCGUUCCCGACGGACCCGCUGGCCACCUCCACCUCGGACGCUGGGACUACACCGACUCGGACCCCGAGGGCGACGGCUACCGCGGCCUCGUCGACAUUGUCGGCACCGGUGGUGAUGGCUGGGACACUUACAAUGUCUCGACCACUGCCGCUGUUGUUGUUGCUGGCAGCGGUGUGCGCGUGGCCAAGCAUGGCUCCAAGGCGGCCACUUCGACGUCGGGCUCGGCCGACCUGCUCAUCAGCCUCGACUGCCGCCUGUCCUUCCCCGUCGAGAAGCUCCCUUCGUUCCUCCCGGCCUCCCCAUUCCUCUUCCUGUUCGCGCCCCACUACCACCCGGCGCUCGCCCACAUUGCGCCUGUCCGUCGCCAGCUCAACUUCCGCACCGUGUUCAACGUCCUCGGUCCUCUCAUCAACCCUGCGCGCCCCCAGCGUAUGGUUCUCGGUGUGGCCAAGCGCGAGCUCGGUGACACGUUUGCCGAGGUCCUCCGCCUCCUUGGUGUCGACCGUGCGCUCGUCGUGUGUGGCCAGGAGGGUCUGGAUGAGAUCUCGAUCGCUGGUCCCACUUGGAUCUGGCGCCUUGAGAACGGCAAGAUCACCCACUCGUCGAUCCACCCCACCGAGGACUUUGGCCUCCCCCUUCACCCCCUCAGCACAGUCAAGGGCUCGACCCCCGAGGAGAACGCUCUGACCUUCAACGCACUGCUGGACAACACCACUGCCCCCGCCCACCUUGCCUCCCCCAACGACGCUGACGCCCCCUCCCUCGAGGCCAUCCGCGACUACGUGCUCAUCAACGCCGCUGCCCUGCUUCACAUCUCGGGCCGCGCCAAGGACUGGAAGGAAGGUGUGGCCCUCGCCCGCGAGUCGCUCGAGAGCGGCGGCGCCCGCGCCGCCUUUGACGGGUUCCGCGAUGCCUCAAAGGUCGCAAUGGGCGAGAAGGGCCUCGACCUGCCGCCCGCACCCGAGGACGACGGCGGUGUCGCUGCCCGCAACGGUUUCGUCAAGGCGUGGCUCCACCAGCGCAGGAGCGGCUACGCGACCCCCACCUCCGAGUUUGCCUAA